GAAAAGGUGGGCGAGGGUGAGGAUUGAGAUGGACGACUAUGCAAGGGAGAUGAUGGAGCUCAAGACUCUGGUCACCCGAACCCUCGAGAAGAAAGGCGUCCUCGCCAGGAUUAGGGCUGAGCUCAGAGCAAGUGUAUUUGAGGCAAUAGAAGAAGAAGAUAGACUGGCUGAAAACAAUAGCAAUCUCUCCCCUGCAUUACUAGGAUGCUGUAAUGAUCGGGCAAAGCAACUGCAUAUUUCUCCAUCAGUUUACAAAUCUCAAGUACUCCAGAGUUGAAAUUGAUGAAGUGCGGUUCGAGUGGGU